AUGGUGAUGAAUGCUUUACAAUGGCUUAUGAAAAAUAGUGCAUUAUAUAAAGAUUCUGGUAUAGUGUUAGAUCAUUCUUGGAGAAACGAAAUUGAAAAAAGUAAUGAGGAAACAGUACAAGAACUGAUGGGCAGUUCAAAUGAUAGUGAUGAUCGUGAAUCAGAAAGUAAUGAUGAUGGUUUUUGUGAAAUUACUUCAGAUGACUGCAUUCAGGGCAAUUCUGAUACACUUGUUGAUGAAGCAGACAUUGAUACAAAUAAACUCUAUGUGUUUGCUCCUGGAGAAAACCAAAAACCAAUAAGUUUAUUUACAGAUAAAGAUGCAGAAUAUCUAUGUUUUCCAACAAUAUUUUGUGGUCAGUGCAGAAUUGAAAAUGAGGAUAGAGAAGUUCCAGUACACUACAGUGAUAUUGCAAAAUGGGAGUUGCGCAGUGUUGACAGACGGGCAGCACAAUCUGUACCCAACAUCUUUUUUAAGUUGAAGAAAAUUCAAAUUAAGCAAGUUAGUGACAAAGUUAAUUUGGCACUAAGAAGAUGUAAAUCAGACGGUAAGAAAAUCACUGCAGAACAAGUUUUGAAUCCAUCCUCUGCAGAAAAAAUUGUCAGAUUAAAUGAAGGGUAUUAUAUAUUUAGAACACUUCGAAAUUCUCCUGCAUAUCUUUCAUCUAAAAAGAAGGAUGUAUUUGCCAUGAUUAGGCAGUUAGGUCUUCCAACUUGGUUUAUUUCACUUUCAUCAGCUGAUACCAGAUGGCAAGAUCUGUUGAAAACAUUGGCAACACUAGAUGGAAAAACCCUGUCACAAGAAGAACUAGACGAUUUGAAUUGGAAUGAUAAAUCAAAACUAGUUAAACAAGAUCCAGUGACAUGUGCAAGAUUCUUUGACAACAGAGUUCAACUUUUCAUCAAUACUGUUCUUAAAAGUCCUCACAAUCCUCUAGGUGUUGUCACUGAUGUGUUUCGAAGGGUAGAAUUCCAAAACCGAGGUUCGCCACAUAUUCAUAUGCUGGUAUGGACAAGUGAUGCUCCAAAGCACAAAGAAAAUAGCAAUGAGGAAAUAGAAGCUUAUGUAGAUAAGUAUGUCACAUGUGGUUUGCAGGAAAAUGAUUCUCAAAUGAAGCAGCUUGUAGAUCUUCAAGUACAUAAACACUCAAAAACUUGCAAAAAAGGAGGUAGAUCUGUAUGCAGAUUCGGUUUUCCGUUGCCACCUUUGCCCAAGACCAUGCUUCUUGAACCCUUGGAUGUUGACGUUGACCAUUAUAGAAAGAUAUAUUCUGAUAUUCAGAAGAAAAUGAAUGAUUACAAAGAUGGUUGUAGUUUAGACUAUGAGUCCUUCUUAGAGACUGUUGUAGAAAUGUGCGAAGAUGAGUAUAUAAAAUGUAUUCGAGCUUCCUUGAAAGGUCCCAAAAUGUUUCUGAAAAGAAGUCCAUCUGAGAUGAGAGUGAAUUACUAUAAUUCAUCAGUGUUAAAGGCCUGGAAUGCUAACUUAGAUAUUCAGUUUGUACUUGAUCCUUAUGCCUGUGCCACAUACAUUGUUGCAUAUAUCAGCAAAUCUCAGAGAGGAAUCAGUGCAAUGCUAGAUAAGGCAUCUCAAGAAGCUGCAGAAGGAAAUAUGGAUCUUAAGCGACAAGUUCGACAUAUUGGAAACAAGUUCUUAAAUUUUGUUGAGGUCAGUGCACAAGAGGCAAGUUACUUAAUCCUUCAGAUGCCACUUGCACAAGCCAGUAGAGAAGUUGUUUUUAUCAAUACCUCGCCACCUGAAGACAGAGUUUUCUUACUCAAACAUCAAGAUGAACUGAAUGAGUUACCCAAGGAUUCAACUGAUAUUAAGGCAGAUAGUAUGAUUCAAAGGUAUGCAAGAAGACCAAAACAGUUAGAAAAUUGGUGUUUAGCUGAUGUUGUUUCUGAAUUGGAAGUGACUUUCCCAAAAGAAAUCAGAAAAGACAUACAAGAGGAAUUGAAUGAUGAUAACCCAGAAGAUAAUUCGCAAGAGAAGUUUACUGAUCAGGAUGUGUUAGUUCAUUUGAAAAAUGGAAUUAAGAUCAGGAGACGAAAAAACAAACGAGUUAUUAGAUAUGUAGGCUACAGCCAAAAAACAAAUUCUGAACAGUAUUACAGAGAAAGAAUUCUUCUCUUUCUGCCAUGGAGAAAUGAGAAUGCUGACCUACUUGAACAAGCUCGACUUCAAGCUGAAGAAGAUCUUGAUGAUCUGGAGAUAGUAGCACCAAAUACAGAACAUACUGAGGCAGAAGAUUCAGAGAUAGGUUCUGAACCAUCCGAGGAAUUUGUUCAUUUUGAUCCUGAUACAGUUCAACAUAGAGAUUUUGAUAUUGGGCCAGAACUUGGAUUGUCCUCAAAAGUAACUGAAACAGAAAUGAGUGCUGUCCGCAUUCCUGAUGAGCAGUAUUAUAAACUUUUGCAAUCCCUGAAUACAAAGCAGAGGGAAUUUUACAAUCAUGUAACAAACUGGAUUCAAACCAGAGGUGAACCAUUAUAUGCUUUUCUAACUGGUGGUGCAGGAGCAGGAAAAUCAGUGGUUAUUGAUGCCAUUUUUCAAACAUUACACAGAAUAUUGUACUCAAAAGAAGGUGAAAACCCUGAUGAUAUUAGAAUAUUACUUUGUGCUCACACUGGCAAAGCUGCAUACAACAUCAAAGGGACUACUAUAUCAUCAGCUUUUCACAGAAAAAUGUAUCAAACUCAGCAGCACAUGAGUGCAGAUGAACUGAACUCAUUUAGGGCAAAGUACCAGAAUUUGUCUGUUGUGAUAAUCGAUGAAAUUUCAAUGGUAGGCAAUAAUAUGCUGUCAUUUAUAAAUGAUAGACUUCAACAACUUACUGGGAGAAAACAAGACUUUGGUGGUAUUAGUAUCAUAGCUGUUGGUGAUUUGUAUCAGUUGCCACCUGUUGGAGACAAGUGGAUUUUCAAAGACCUUUCUAAUCCUGGUCAGAGUUUAGCAAACAAUUUGUGGCAUGAACAUUUCUAUAUGCAUGAACUAACUGAAAUUAUGAGACAAAAGGAUGACCUUAGAUUUGCAGAAAUGUUAAAUAGACUUCGUGAAAACAAGAUGACAGAUGAAGACAAAGAACUCAUUUCUCAACGUUUCAUCAGGCAAGACUCUCAAGACUAUCCUAAGGAGGCACCUCAUCUGUUUAUUGAGAACAAGUUUGUUGAUUGUUUUAAUAACAAUCUUAUAGAAAACCUUUCAACGAAUAAAGUAAAUGUAAAAGCAGACACAGAUGUGUUAUCACAGACAAAACUUUCUGCAUCAGUGAAAUUGAAACUAGUUCAAAACUUGCCUGAAAACCCAGCAUCUACAGGACAAUUAAGAACUAAUUUGGUUAUUGCUGUAGAUAUGCUCUAUGACAUAUCAGUAAAUCUUGAUGUUACAGACGGUUUGACAAAUGGUGCUUCAUGUGUUGUGAAAUACAUUGAAUAUAAACAAUCACAAUUCAGACCUGCCAUAGUAUGGGUACUGUUUGCUGAUUCAAGUAUAGGUAUUUCACGAAGACAUCAAUACAGGCAUUUGUUUUCCACAAAUGUUAAUUUUGCAUGGACUCCCAUAUUUGAAGCUAAAAGAACAUUUGUUUAUAACAGAAAGACAUAUGAGAGAGUUCAGUUUCCACUGCAACCAUCUGCUGGUAAAACAAUCCACAAAGCACAAGGAGCAACUCUUUCAAAGGCAGUAAUCAGCUUAGGACAGACAAAGCAGCGCAGAAUCCCGCAUAUACAUUAUGUUGCACUCUCAAGAGUAAGGUCACUUGAUGGUCUGUUCAUUCUGGAUUUCAAUGAAAAAAGUCUUUCAAAAGAUGAAACUGUUGAUAAAGAGAUGGACAGGUUAAGAGAAAAUAGAUUGCAACUCUCAUAUACACCACUAUACUCGGUAUUUAAAGACAUAAAAUUUUUAUUCAACAAUGCCAGAUCUCUACACAAGCACUUCCUUGAUAUAAAAUCAGAACCAAGUGUUUUGGCUGCAGAUGUUAUUGGUAUAGCUGAAUCUUGGCUUUGUGAAUUGGAUUAUGAUGAAGACUUUACUUUAGAGGGUUUUACAAUGUUCAGGAAUGAUGCAAGUUCUUCCCAGUGCAGACCACAUCAUGGUAUUGUCAUAUAUCUGAGAAAUCAAUUACAGUGUGUUUCAUACAACUCUUUUACUUCCAAGUCUGUGGAAUUUUCCAUCAUUUCAAUUAUGCUGUCCAAUACUCCAAUACAGUGUGUUGUUUUAUACAAACAGCCUUCUUGUACUCUUCAACUUUUUUAUGAUACCUUGAAAAAAAGGUUGCUACCAUCUGUUGACAAAGAUGAAAAGACUGUGAUAAUGGGAGAUUUCAAUUUGGAUUUAAGUACUGGUCAGUAUGCACAUUUCCUGAACUUUAUGAAAGAAACAUUUGGUUGUGUGCAAAUCAUAAACAAGGUAACCACAAAGAAUAAGACACAGUUAGACCUAAUAUUUACCAACUUUAUGGAUUUACAAACAGAUGUUCUUCAGGCUUAUUGGUCUGACCAUAAUAUGAUUUAUUGUGCUGCAGAUAUGACUUAA